UGUCACGACGUUAACAAACGAAGGAUCCAGCCCAAUCUUCUCCCGAGCUUCCCUCGUGGCCGUCUCUCUGUCAUCUGUGUUGCCAUCCUCCUUCCCGGCAACGACACUUCACCUGCAACAAUAAUUCACCUCGUCUUAUAAAAUUCAAACAAGGAAACAUUAGAGUUUCACUUUCCUCGUACUGAGUGAGUAGAGAGCGCACCAUCGCUUUCGAAGAGACAGACGAGCACCGCAGCUCUCUUGGGCUUGAAUUAUUCUGGGUGAGCAAUAAUUGCUGCCGAUGAUUCUGCUAUACCCACCUAUGAAAUUUCCUUCCCUGCACUUCCUUCGAUUGGUUUCUUCUCGAUACCAUCGUCGUCGUUGAAGGAAGGUGGAGGUUUGUAGAGACAGAGCUGUUGGGCUAAAUUUAUAAGUCUUUGUGAACCUCUGAUGUAGUUAGAAUCCACAAGAUGAGAGACAGAAUUGGGAACUGAAGAUGGUGGAGUGGUAGUCAUUGACAAUAUCCCCACCCCCAGCGAACCUCCAACUGCCCCUCUCCUCCCCUGCCCUCCUUCCUCAAUACCUUCCAUCGCCCCGAGAACAGACCAGGGGUAAAAUGGGAAUUAAAGGAAAAAAAAUAAGAAACCUCAGACUUUAGUGCCGUUACCGUUCUGUCCUAUACUUGAACCUUGCUUUUGCCCAGAGCGAGUGGGCGGAGAAGACGACGGAGCAAAACCAGCUUGUGUACAAUGUCACAGGACUGGUGUGAUGGUCUGGGCACCUGCCAUGUGUUUGACUGUUUAAAAUUUUCUGUCCUCAAAAGUAAUGCAUAAAAGGAUCAAAAUGGAUGACCCUAUGAGGCAAUUGCAGCAGAGCUUAAUUGAGGUUGAGACUGAAGCUGAGAGACUUCUUUUGGCGAGACAUCAGCUAGUUGAAAAUGAUAGAGCUAGAAAUGGAAAUAGAGAGGCACUGACAGCACUUCGGAAGAGAGCUCGAACUGCAAAAACCAGUGUGCCAUCCCCUUUUGAGUCAAUAAUGAGGGAGAUCAAAGAUCCUGAAUCAAGGCCAUUGGUGAAGGAGGUUUGCACCACAUGCGGAAAUCAUGAUUCAAAGGAGCAUACUUGGAUGAUGUUCCCGGGGACAGAUGUCUUUGUACGGAUUCCAUUUCACGCAGCUCAUACUAUAUUGGAGAAAGAUCAAGAACGACUUGACUAUGAUACGAAGAAACUACAAAGCCUUGUGAAGGAGAAGUCUCUUUGGAUUUCAGAAAUGGGUGUUCUUGCCGACAGUAUUGGUCCAGGUACACUUAAAUCGCUGGUUACAUUAACUGAUAAAUCAAAGUAAGCUUUGUAAGGCAAAGUAACAGUCCAGCCCCCAACCCCCCCCCCCCCCCCACCCUUUUUUUUUUCUUUCAUCUUUUACUCUAGUGAUAGCUAGGUCUCUUAGGAUGUGACUUUUCUAGGAUUUGGGGGGGGGGGGGGGGGGGGGGGUUGGGGGUUUAUUUGUGGUCAUUCUUCAGAGGAAAUGUAAUUAUGUAUCUUGUCAUGCUGAGAUACUUAACGGAUGGUCAUGAGCCAAUAGACUGAUAGACUUGUAGAAUAAUAUUAAUGCUGCUUCACUGAAGUGUAAUCUUUUGAUCUUUUGGAAAUAUUGUAAAUUGGUCACUUGAACUCACUUUUAAGACACUUUGUUUUGUUUUGGGUUUGCA